UGUAGUACAAAUACAACUUUACCAAACCGGCUCCAGAGUUUUUCUCCGCAACAAAUUUUGGUGACCCCUGUGCUCUACGUGGUGCCUGCGUGCGACGCCCGACGGCGAUGCUUGGAUACUUCAUCCAAUUUUCGACGCCGUCGUCCGCCGAUUGCGCCGCCGGAAGAAAAAACGUGCACGUGCACCACGUGCAACCAAGACCACGCCAACACGACUUCGAGCUUCUGAAGGAGAGUGAGCUGGUUCCAUCGUGCGACGCCCGGGGGCGACGCUUGGAUAUUUUCAUCAAUUUUUCGACGCCGCCGGAAGAUAAAGCGUGCAUAACCUCUACGUGCAACCAAGACCACGCCAAGACGACUUCGAGCUUCUAAAGGAGAGUGAGCUGGUUCCUUUUAUUAUUUCACACCAAACCCUCUAUCUUACUUACUUACAAUUUCUAACCAAAUUUUACACAAUUUUUCAAAAUGACGUCACAAGACAAAACUUUUCCCAACGACAUUGUUCAACUUUCACGCAGUAGAGCAGCAUUUAAGGGUAAACUUACCCAAUUCACCAAUUUCAUAGAUAAUUUAGCAACUCCAUUAACUGCAGAUGAUAUUUUAAACCUUGAGUUUCGCAUAGAAAAUGUUACAUCAACUUAUGAGAAAUUUGACACAAUUCAGAUGCAAUUAGAGUGCCUGUCCGAGGACACCAGUUUUCAACUCCUCGAACGUGAAAAGUUCGAGGAGCUUUACUUUGAGAGCCUAGCCAAGGCCAAAGGCCUGGUUAUGGCCUUUAGAAACGACAAUGAUGAACCUGAAGCCAAACCAUCUCAUAGUAGUGAAUGUAUUGACUCCAUUAAAUUUCCAGAAAUUGCAUUACCCAGUUUUAGCGGUGACUUUAGGGAAUGGCUUGAAUUUAGGGAGACAUUCGAUGCCUUAAUAAAUCAGAGUUCAUUAAAAUCAAUACAAAAGUUUAAAUAUCUUCGCAGUUGUCUGAAGGACGGAGCUCUCGAGGUUGUCAAUUCGAUAGAAUACACAUCUGAUGGUUACCAAAUGGCGUGGAGGCUGUUGUGUGAACGCUACAACAACCCUCGCUUACUAGUUUCAAAUCACCUUCGAUCUCUCUUUGAAAUACCAUCUAUUUCAUCUGAAAAUGCCAAGUCACUUAGAGCAUUAAUUGAUAAUAUAAACAAACAUCUGCGAUCACUUCACACACUUAACAUUCCCAUUGAUGAUUGGGACUUAAUUAUCAUUUAUUUUAUGUCGAACAAAUUACCUUCCUCGCUACAACGAUCAUGGGAGGAAAACCAAAGCUCAAAUGUACUACCUUCGUUGCAGGACUUCAAAAACUUUAUACGGAGGCGAGCUGACAUUCUCGACAACUUGAAUGCCACUAAACCUGGGGGCCCGGAGGCACGGAAAAGUUUGGUAACCACAUCCUCAAAGCCAAUUGUAAAUCCUUCGUGUCCGCAGUGUAAAGGUCUAGAAACUCACAGCUUCCUAUCGGCGUUCAGAAGGUUCAUAGCUAGACGCGGGAAGCCACGAGUGGUGGUGAGCGACAACGGCACCACCUUUCGGGGUGCUGACAGGGAGUUAAGGGAGCUAUACGAUUUUCUUAACACGAAUUCUAACGAAUUGACAACUUCGUACACCGACCAAGGAAGAACUCCAAUGGCACUGCCGGAUUACCAAUACGACGAAGUCCCAACCAACCGACUUAAAUACUUUCAACAACUCCAACAGAUCUACCAAUCUUUCUGGAAGGGCUUCUCAAGAGACUACGUGGGGCUACUCCAACAACGAGGCAAGUGGCAGAGCUCCAAGGGACCCACGCUGGCAGCGGGCUCCGUAGUUCUCAUCAAGGACAAGCACACUCCACCAUGCCAGUGGAGACUGGCAAGGAUCAUCGAGACACACCCCGGGGGCGACGGCGUGACUCGCGUUGCCACACUGAAGACAUCCCAGGGCUCCACCAUCAAGCUGUCCUUCCCGAAGAUUUGUCCUCUACCAAUAUUAGAUAAUAAUUAA